AAAAGGCAUCGCUCCUCAAGAACACACUCAGCUCUCUCCCUUCCUCUCUCUCUCCCUCCCUCUCUCUCUCUCUCUCUCCCCCUCUCUCUCUCUUCUCACUUCACUUCGCUCGCUCAGUGGAGCUUGAGCAUGGACGAAACGUGGAGCAAGAGUUCCAAGAAAGAAACAGGCGCCUCAUCGUCUUCAUCUUCUUCGAAGCCUCGUCUCCUGAGAAGCUUCUCUCAGAAGACCACCUCCUCCUCCAAAUCUUCGCUCCCGCGAAGCCUCUCGCUCAAGAACACCGCCUCCUCUUCCUCCUCCUCCUCCUCCAACCACCAGCACCACCAGGGUUCGUCCCUCUCGAGAAGCUCGUCCUCCAAGAGCGCGAGCGGGUCGAACCUGACCCGCAAGUACAGCAACCUCGCCAAGGAGCAGAAGGCCCGGUUCUACAUCAUGCGCCGGUGCGUCGCCAUGCUCGUCUGCUGGCACAAGCACGACUGAUCUGACUCGUCGGAAUUGACGGUCGGCGAGUGCUCCAGAAGCAUUCUACAGUUCAUCCGAAGAGCACCGGGCAUUCGCUCUCGUAAAGAUCUGGCGAAGCAACUCGGCGAUAGGGAUCUCUAAAUUCGAUCCGUCCGCUAUGAGCCCGUCACGUAGAGAUGGUCGGAGCUGGUCGGUGCGUACUACAUGCUAUCUCGUCCACUGUUUGUGUUUUCUUGCUCUUUCUUUUCAUUUUUCUUUCCCCUUUUGUUUUCUUUCUUAUAUAUAAUGUGGAAACGAGAGAGAGAGAGAGAGAGUAGAUUCCUUUUCAGAUGUUGGAACUACCACCGUAAAGAAGACAAUUUUGAUUGUUUGGAUGCACAUUGGGAAGAUCAUGCGCUGCGCUGCGCCGCGCGAAGCGAGCGAGCUCGAUCGCUCUCGAAUGCUACGUACAUGUAGAGAAGAAGAGGACGUGGGAUUGUGCUGCAAACGAUCAAGAAAAGAAUGUGCAUCGACUGCGAAACAGCGGGUCCAUGGAUGGAUCGCGUCGAGAUGGGUCGACAAAGUUUGAACAUAGGCAUUAUUUCGCUCAGUUGUACAUGCUGCAUUAUUGGCGCAACUCGAAUAGAAUGAUUCGAUCUUUCUAUUUGUUAUUGUUUUUUUAAUGUUUUCUUUCUUUUCUACUUUUUUGUGUGUUCGGGAGAUAAGGGGGUGGGGUAAGUGCUGUGUGUUUCUAAGGGCAUUGGCAUGUACAAGGGAAGCAGAAGUGGCAUCGCCGAAGUAAACGACGCGUCGUUUUCAUGUGCGAGCGUAGGCCCCCACUAAGAUGACCUCCUGUUGUGGUCCACUCUUUGAGUUCCUGGACAGGGACGAGUCGUAAUUCGCAGAAAGGAUUUCAAAUUAAUAUAUUUUUGCACAUUCCAUACAA